GUCGGUGAGAUCGGUCGUAGUUUAAACACACGGCAGAUAGACGCACUAGUAAACUACCAGCAGUGCACAAUCUGUCGACGUGUUUGAAACACCAAGACAAAAGCCGUCCUACGCUAAAACCAAAUCCUUGUCGAUUCCAUUUAAUAUUAAUCUCAGAACAGCUUUUGGUGAUCUGAACAAACUUGUCAAGUGUGUGCUGGAUUUGUAAAAUUAUAACUUGGAAGAAGAAAAUUGAUUGUGCAUAAGUGACGCGCAAGUUACAAGACGGGCCAACCGUCGCCGACAGCUUGUGUGCUACAAAACUCCAGAUUAGUCACGAUUGAAGUGUUCUAGCCUGAAAAUAGUCGUGAUGCGUAUCUGCAAACGUGAUCGUGUUAGCAGAUCAAAUAGGGAUUCUCUGAAAAGGUGGACAUUUCGAAGGGGCGACGAGGUCGUCAGGGCAUAUCCAUUUGCAUCUGCCCUUCAGCCCCAACUCGCCGGGAAGUUCUGCGACGAAUGCAUGCAACCGCUGCCGAAGACGAUUACUCCUGCCUCGAAUCGUGUGCAUCUGAGAGCCCAUAGUCAAGGGGCCAUAACUAUCCGAUGUCCCAAUUGUCCGUUUGUUAAUUACUGCAGCCUCAAAUGUCAGAAAAUUUACUCUGAAUACCACGAUGCCGUGGAGUGCGCUAUGCUUCGCGAAUUUGUCCCCGAAGUUCCCGACGUGACUUUUCGACUAUUCGCCAAACUUCUGUACAAAACGCAUGGAAGGGAGUUCUCCGAGUUCAGCGAAAAUCUCUUCACUGGCGAAAGGAGAACUUUCCAGGAUCUCCUAGACCACCGUGAAGACAUUAAGGAAUCGCCCGUGGUGCACACCCGGUUUAGGACAUAUCUUGCCUUUGUACUUCACACUUUUCCGGAUAAUCUCAAACCCGAUCCAGAUAGAGCGCUACGAGUCUUCGGAAGAAUGAUCAUCAAUCGCUUCUCCGUACAAAGUCUAUAUCUAGAACCAAUAGGAGAAGCACUAUACAUUGGACCGUCAAUUCAUGAUCAUUCAUGCAGUCCUGAUGCCGGUUUCGUUUUUGAUGGAGCGCUGCUUUCGAUACGAGCUGGUCGAGAUUUGGUGGUCACCGAUCCACGUCAGAUAUACAUUUGCUACAUUGAUAUUCUCCAGACCCUUGAAGAUCGACAAUCAUUUCUUAAAGAGCACUACUUUUUUCGUUGUGCUUGUCCUUAUUGUACGGACGAACAACAUCUCAUAAAUAGAAUCUCUGCGGUGAAGGAAUCGAUUAGGGAUUCACUUCGAGGUGCUUUGACGGCAUGUGUUCAUGGCGAAAAUGAAUCUGAUGCUGUUCAGCUAGACAGCGUUUACCAACGAGCACGUUCGCUAAUUGAACAAGAUGAUUCGGAUGAGAUUGCCCUUGGAAAGGAAAGCACCUUAAAGUUCUGGAAAAUCGAUGCCCUAGCUGUUGCAUUCGAAUGCGCUGAACGUUUGCCACAUCGAAGGCAAACAGAAGCUUUUAAAAUCGGCCUUCGCCUCCUGGCAAAUUUCAAAUUGACGUACGGUGAAUGCCGACCGUGCGUGAGCGUGUUAUGUUUCCGGCUGGCGGUUAUUGCUUCCGAAGUAUUGUCCAAGGGGAAUGAGCAGAAUGAGCACGAACUCUGCCAGAUUAUCAAGGAUGCUUGUACAAGGUUGUUAGCUACCCACGGCAAGGACCAUCCAUUGACUAGGCGAGCGGAUUGUUUGGCGCAACAGUGGCCCGGCAGUCGUAGUAUCAUCAGGUCUUUCGUGUCUCAUCACACUUCGAACACCACGUCAACUCACUGAACCGCUUGAGUCUACAGCACGUUAGCGAAACCCACAAAAAUUGGGGAAAAAAAAACGCUUUCGAAUAACUUAUUGUUGAUUCGACACUGAUCACGUACACUGAAAUGUACGCAUGUUGUCUUAUGCUUAAGCAGGUUUGUCAACAUUAGCGUAAAUGAUGAAAACGUAAAUAAACCUACACAGUGACGAAAAAGUAAAAAUAAUCGACAAAGAUUUAAUAUUUCGGCCUCGAACGGCUAAGCUAGACUCUGCUUUGUUAUAUUUCUAAUGAAAUCUAUAUACCGAUCCUCAAAUGCAAACGGAAGUAACAAAGAUUACGCUGCUUCGUUAGAGUGGCUUAAUUUAUUUAGCUUACAGGUUGUGACAUUAUAUACAUAUACAAAUCGCUUAUCCGCAACUUAAGCGCAGGAUGUCUUUACACGUUUUUCUGCUGUUUGCGGAUUCUUCUCAUCUCGUCUUCGCUAAAUUAGUCAUGGGUCGUCAUUAGCUUCAUCAUCAUUAUUAUUAAUCAAUAUUAGGUGAUACUUCCGUGAUAGCAGUUAAUUAUUGUUGCAGUUGAACCUGUGUUG